GCCAGAACUUGGCCAUUUACGCAAGUAUUCGCUGCGUAAAAAUCGCUUUUGACACGUUUGGUAUAAGCCAUCGACAGCGCGCAGCUUUUGCGCCCGACGAAGGCGUGCAGAGACCUUCAGCAUGGAUGACCCCAUGCACGACGAGGCGCGCACGCUCGCGGCGGACCAGAGUGCGGAAGCGAUCCGCGAGGCGUACGCGCGCGAGCAGGCCGCAGCUGCCGACGACAAGGCCGCGCCCCUGGUCCAGGGCGUCGACGACGAGUGGGCCGACUGGCGCGGCUGCGUUUGCGGCGGCAGCUACUACGGCGAGAUGGUCGCGUGCGAAGGCGGCUGCGACAACUGGUUCCACUUUGCGUGCGUCGGCUUGACGCGGCUGCCGCGCGGCGAGUGGCUCUGCCAGGACUGCAAGAAGCCGAAGAAGCGCCGCGUCGAGAAGCAGCCGGAGCCGCUCCCGUCGCCUCCGAAGAAGAAGAAGGAGAACCGCGCCCACUCGAAAGAAGAACGAAAGGACCGCGAGGAGCUCGAGGCGCUCGUCGAGAAGGCGCGGCCGCUACGCUUCGAGGGCGGCAUGGCCCCGGCCGACCACGCCUGCGCGGGCGCGGGGUUCUGUUCGUUGGACCCCAAGGUCUUCGCGCCGCUGCGCCAGCUCCACGGCAGCAUCGUGGCGGCGCUCAAGCGAGGCAAGCUCCUGCAGUCGUGGGAGGGCAAGGGCUCGGACGUGCGCAAGAAGGGCUACGCGUUCCUGCCCGCGAGCCUCGCGAAGUGGGACCGCAAACGAUUGGAGGCGUGCGGCCUCCAGUUCUGGGCCCCCGAGAAGGAGGGCUUGGACGCGAAGCGGGACUGCGAGGCGAACUGGCGGAGCAGCUUUACUUUACUGGAGCAGGACGUCGACCGAAAGGCGCGGAAGGCCCUCGCGGCGGUCGUAGACCUCGUGAAGGAGCGGGUCGCGGAGAAGUACCGGAAGUACGUCUCCCUCGAGAACCUCAUCGCGCUGCAGCCGAACUUGCACAACGACGCGCGGCAUUUGCCUCCUCAUCUCGAUUUCCCCAUGCACGAGGGCUUUGGCGUCGUCAUCGUGACGAUCCAGAUGGCGGGGCCGCCCUCGAUCAUAGCUUUGCUCAAGGGCACGGAAUCCGACUUUGAGGUCUUCACGGAGGAGCAGCGCGAAAAGUGCUGGACUUUUCCGCUCCAAGUGGGCGACUGCUACGUGCUGUCGGGAGACGCUCGAAACGUGUGCGACCACGGCGUGUUGUGCGGUAGCUCUCGCCGGUCGGCCGGCGCGGACGAGCCGCGCGAGUCCAUGAACCUACGCUUCGGGCUCCACACGCCCGCGUUCGCGAACAAGGAGGUCUACUGGCAGUUCGCGCCGCGCAAGGAGCCGCGGAAGCCGAAGCGCGAGCCCAAGCCCCGAGCGGCGCCCACGCGGGCGUCGGCGCGGCUCGCGAAGCCUCCUGCUGCUGCGGAUACUACUACGAAGCCUUAGCUGUGUUGAUAUAUAAUAUUUUCGAUUUGUAA